AUGGAAAACAACCAUCUCUUAGACAUUUUUGACUAUGAUUUGGAUAUUGACUUCGAGACGGCAUAUGAGAUGAUCAAUAAUGAAGAUCAGCUUAAAGCAAGGGUGCAUCAUAACAAUCACAUGGGCGGGACGAUGGAUGUAGAUCAUUGGAGUACUUCCGACGGCCGGGGGAAACUGCGAGAGGGCGAGAGUUUGCCUUUGUCAAUUCGUAUGGACGACAUACAAGAUCACCACAGCAGACUGAGUGGAUUUGAGUCUACUUCUUUACUGUCCUAUCAUAAUGGCCACAAUCACCACGAUCAGUCUGGUUUACUGAGCGAAGUGGAAUCGAGUGCUAUCGAGAGUUUUCUGGAUAGUCUCAUUUACAAUGGCGUGCGUCCCAAUAAGCACCCCAGAGUGUCUGACCAUAAACCUAUUGUAACAGAAAGCAGGACUUCAGAGAAUAGGGAAUCUAUUAUGCCAAAAUCAAUAUUCACCGCUAUGGGCUCACAUCAAGGAAGUGAUGAUGCAAAGGCUGUCAUAACGACAUUAGAAACCGGCCAAUCAAAUGUUCGAAGCCCCGUGCCUUCUCGAGGUCACUCUGAAGAUAAUAGAACUUCAGAGUCUUUUACCCCCGGAGUGUAUUGUUCUGGCCUAGAAACAUUAGAAAAUCAAAAGCUACCCCUGUCAAAGUGUGCAAGCUACCAACCGGCUGCUAUCAAAUCGCCAGAUAUUGUCAUUCUUGACUCGGAAAUACCGACGGAUAUACGGGGUGAUGCUGCUAAAUGCAAGAGGUGGAAGCACGUAGCCCUUGAAAAAAAACGUCGAAAUGCAAUCAAAGACUAUUUUGAUGACCUAGUUAAGCUUAUCCAGUUCCCAAGAUCCGCGAUCGAUGAGGCCCAAUCGUUUUAUUUGAUAAACGAAAAGGCAGAUGCUGAAGGACCCGCGAAGAAGAAAUCCAAGGAUGGCAAGCUCUCUGAAAAGAGGAUACCUAAACAUGUUCUGUUAAAUUAUCUACUUCAAGACAUGGAUGUUCUUUUAACGGCAAACCAACGUAUGGAGGCGAUGCUUCAAUCCUAG